GCCCAGCCCACCCAGCCUGUCAGCGCUGCGGCCGCUCGCUCCGUCCUGUUGUGCUGCUAGUUGUUGUUCGGCGGCGACACACCGACUGGUGCGCAAACUGAAAGCUGCGCGUUCCGGAGCCGCGAGACGGGAGCGGAUCUCUCAGAGCUCCGGCCGUGUCGGGGAGAGCGGAUGGGAUAGAAAGGAGGAGGAAGGAAAUAUAUAUUUAAAAAAAAUAAUAAUAACAAAACAAGCCCGAUCGCCUCGGAGGAAGGAGUGCUUCAGCUGCCUCUUCUUGCGAGUUGUUCGCUCUUUUCCUUCUCCUCCGAUCUUUCUCUUUCUCUUUUUUUUUCUGAAAAAAGGCCCCCCCUCUUUUUCUUUUCUCGAGUGGAGUGGGGAAACAUCGGGCCACGGUCGUGCCCGUUUCCUCCACUUGUGCUGCAUCGCCUCGGCGGUCGGAUGAGGCGGACUUGUCUCAACCGGGCGGCGUUCGGAAAAUAAGGAGCCCCGACGGCGAGCGAUAGACGAGGUGCCUGCUGCCACACGGAGCCCCUGCACGCUCUCCCAGUUGCGGAGCUCUGCCAUCGCACCAGUCCGGCUCCUUCCUCCUCCUUCCCCCGCAGAUUCGCUCGACGGCUGCCGGCUGGCACGGGAGGAAGCGUGGCGGCGAGCCGCCCGGUGGAGAAGCAUGUGAUGACUCACGCAAGGCAGAAAAGUUCCCUCAGGCAGAGCCACAGCGCUGCCGAGUGGUGGGACGGCGGUCAUCUGUGGCCACAUGGCGGCGCUAUGGGGAGCGCCUGGCCUGAGCGCACCCUACGGUUCGGCCGGACAAAGAAGAUAAGCGAGAUCAUCACGCAAGGGAAACACAUGGCCAAAAGGAUGAAUGACAAGCGAGAGAAGGCGGAGAGAUCGGAACAGAACAGAAAGCUGGACCGGCGGCGCGAGAAGAAGCGCGACCGGAAGCUGUAUCCUCUGCGAGCAAGGCCAGGGAGUUCUGAAGGGGAGGGGCUCAGCUGCCACGUCCUCCUGACGCGACUGGAGGAGAGCAUCCGAGAAAAAGAAGGCGCUAAAGAACGGGAAGGAAAGGACGGUCCCAGGCAGCUAUCUCUCAAAUCCAAAUCCAAAAAAAGAAAAAACAGCGGAAGAAAAGAAGCAAAGUCCUUACCAAAAAGCAAAUUAAAAUCAUGCAGCCCGAGUUACGCGGAGUGUGUCACCUCGGGAGUCCUGCAACCACGUAAGCGCAGGCUUGCCUCUCUGAACGCCGAGGCGGUGAACAGCCUACUGCUAGAAAGAGCUACUGACCCCCAGCCGGCAGCCAAACAGGCCAAGAGGCAGGACGAACACACAGCCGGAGGAGCUUUCCAGACCGCAGACCCAGCUAGGAACGGUGUGACUGGAGGUCUGAAGGCUUCACGGGGGAGCGUCGCUAAAUCCUCCGCGUCCGACAAACCUGAACUGUGCCAAAGCUCCAAGUCGGUUAAGAAGGCCAAAGCCAGGCGAAGAGAGAAGCUGUGGAUGAGUCAGGAGUCUCUGGAUGCUCCCGCUCCGAGGCGACUGGCUGGACUGAACGCCGCCGCGCUGCUGAAGCUGACCAGUUCCUCUGCUACCAGUAAGCAGAGAGUAAAGACCGCGCCCACGGCGACCGUAACGUCCGACGGUAAGGCCCCUGCGGCGCUCUCCGGCCCAAAGCAGCACUCCAGGGCCAAACUUCAACACAAGGAACACGCACAGAAGCAGAAGGGGAAGCAGGUUCCUCCGAUGCACAGCGGCUGCACAUCCUGCAAGAAGAAGGCGGACUUUGAGCCCAAGGUGGAGUGGGAGGGGAGCAGCUGCACUCACCGACUGACCAAACCAGGCUACCAGUCACGCAGCAUGCUCCCAUACCCACUGAAACAGGUGAAGGAGGAGCAGCUGGAGACCGAACUGAGUCCAUACUACUGCUGUCCUCCCGAGGGUUCCGUGGAAUACUGCCACCGGCUGGCCUUCUUUCUAGGCCAGCAGCCCUAUGGGGAGUCAGACGAUCAGCCGCUUAACUCUGCUAUGACCCCCGUGAAGCGCGAGUGCCUAGUAACCUCCCCGUCCCUGACGCAUUCCCACCCGCACACCGCCCUCGCCCUCAGCCCGCACCCCUGCCUCUGCACCGCCGAGCACUGCUUCUCCAGCUACUACGUCCACAUCGCCCACCCGACACACACUGGAACGACGUCGGCCGCCCUCACGCCCCGACCCCUGAACUAUGCCCCCUCCAAUUUGUGCCCCAGUCGCAUGACUGGCUCCAAGCUGCUGGGGCGUCAGGUGCCCCACCCCUCGGGCCUGGCCCAUCCGGCCUACUGCAACUCCAUGACCUCGCCCUGCUACGGCGAGGCCUGCGGGAUCGGCGGCUACAGCUACAGAGCCAUGGCUCCCGUCACCAGCAGGGCUUGUUCUUUCAGCACAGGAUGCACUGGAUGCACGCACAACAUCAAAACAGAGAGCUACUCCUCCCCUCAGGGCGAUCACAGCACCUCCCUCCUAGUGCCCCCCUCCAUCCCCAUCUCCAGCUGCCCCCUGUCCACCGUGCCCACCUCCACCCAGACCAAGCCCCACCUGCUGACCCCCUUGUCUGCGCGGGAGCAGCCGGCCCAGGCCAGAUUAAAGCUCGGCAAGGAAUGCCCGCCGAGCACCAAGCCCUCCAACGGCUCCCUGUCCACGGGCCGCACGCAGUCGCCAGCCAAGCAGCCGUCACCAGUGCCAAGCCUCAGCAGCACCAAACAGAAGAGAGUCAGCCGCCGGCGCGCCACCAACGGCUGGCGUCCGGUCGGAAUGCCCACCGAGAGGGAGGUCUUCAUCGCGGGAGAGGAUGAGACGGCCCUGCGGCAGUGUUACGAAGGAGUGGAGAGAGACGGCGAAGUGAUUCGUGUCCGAGACACCGUGCUGCUAAGAUCGGGCCCCAGGAAGAAAUCCCUCCCAUACGUUGCCAAGAUAUCAGCACUGUGGGAAGACCCCAAAACAGGAGAGCUGAUGAUGAGCCUUUUCUGGUACUACCGACCCGAGCACACCCAGGGAGGCCGAGAUCCCAGCGCACACUGUGAGAAUGAGAUUUUCGCCUCUCGGCAUCAAGAUGAAAAUAGCGUGGCCUGCAUAGAAGACAGAUGCUAUGUUCUCCCACUCGCCCAGUACUGUAGAUAUUGUGCCUUGAUGAAGCGGCGUGCCGAGGGCGCCCCGCCUGGCAGUGCCAGCGUGGUGCCCUGCCGCUCGGACUUCGCCCCCCCUUCCCACCGCUGCGUGCCCACGGACGUCGACCCCGAGCUGGUGUACCUCUGCCGGCACGUCUACGACUUCCGCUACGGACGCAUCUUGAAGAACCUGCAGUAGAGGGCGGGGGAGCGGCCGCGCCUAUGGAUUAGUCGUCACGGAGCCGAGGAUUCCGGACACCCCCUGUCUUUUCUGCUGGGAGGGGAUUAGGUAGUGAAGCACAGAUCCCUUUAGUCGACUCCAGAAGGGUUAGAAUGUGAUGUUCGCAUCCAUCUCAGCCACAGCACCAAUAUGAAAAAAAACAAAAACAAAACACAAAAAAAUCCUUUUUAGCAUCUCCCGAUUCUUCAGCUUCCAGCACUUUCCGAGGUUUCAUGGAAGUAUACGUUCCCUCCGAAUUCAUCCCUUCGCCGAGCACCAGGCUGGGUUCCGUGUUUCCCUCCGAGCAUCUCGGUUCCACAAUCACGUUUGUUCCAUUCGUACGCCGGCGGCUCGGGGAUGGUCCGACACCGAGGUGCUUCUGGGGGGAACACACGCCCGCCCCGUCGGCCGGGGCGAAGGAGCGGCUAAUGGAGAGCGUCGUCUCAUUCCUCCUGAUUUUCGAGGUUCGUCUCGGCUGUGUGUCCGCGUGUGUCUCCCGUGCGAGAGCGAGUUCAGAGCGAGUGUUGUCAGCGGGGAUAAAUGGAUAAAUGUGAGCAUAUGCGCGCUUUUUCUCUCUUUUUUUUUAAAGCAGGCUUUCAGGCAAUCAAACUAAACAAGCAGCUUUAGAGGAAGAGGAGCUCUCGCUCUCUUUCCGUCCCGUCUCUUGACAGAAACCUUCUCAUCUGGAGCCGUGCUCUGCGCGAAGUCAAACAUCAUACCUGGGUGGGGGGGGGUUCAUGACACAGAUCUGUCCUUACCAAACUCUACAGCAGGGUUUCUUUUAACUUCAUGUCAAGACAUUAAAAUGGCCCGUGAUGGGUUUUAGCAGUGGAAGCACAGGCGACACAAAGUAAACCGAACCUUCAAAUCAGCUCAGCCAACAGCUCUUGCUUGAAAAGCCUUGACUAGAGAGGCUCUGCUUAGGGUAGAGAUGCUCUUUCCUCACCUUUUUACUGCUCCCCGUGAUUUGCCUUAUGACUUGCAGUGAGAGCUUCGUGGAGUUCGGGCAGAAUGGGCGUACCUGUAGUCCCCAAAAGUCCAAUUUCCUUUGCAUUUCGGUGUUGUAGGAAGUUGCAAAUGGUGAUUUUUUAUUUUUAUUUUUAACUGUAUUUGCAACUAUUCGAGUAUUGAUUCUUAAACGCAAAAGUCAAUUUUUCACAGAGAAACAUAUUAGGAGAUACUUUUAAUGGGGAUCUUGUAAGUUGGUGAGUCUUUCUCUGCCUGAACGCUCUUCACGGCAUCGUUCUGAUGUUGCCGAUGGAGCUCCUCGCCUUGAAAAUGUAACCCGUACACCCAGACCCACGCUUCCUUGCGCCUCCCUCCCCUCGCUACAGCUCCCAGCCCCCCGCCAAGAUAAACCAAAGGAUGUCACACAAGCCAGAACUCCCUCCCUCCCUGCCGCUCCCCUCUUCCUCCCUCGCCUCGUCAGCACUUCUGUCCUUGUUAUAUUGCACUAAUCCAUUCCUUAAUUACGACAAAUGUGUUCAACGUUUAUUUUUUUUAUUUCCAGCUACUAAUAGCCUACCGGGGUGGGUGGGGGUGGGGGUGGGGGUUGGGGCUUACUGUACAUCAUUUAUAUGUGUGUUUUGUACCUUUAGAAGGAAAGAGUAAGGAUGUCAUGGCUGCUUUAGUCAGUGCAAACUGUAUAUUUCUCUUAUUUCACCAGUAGAGGAGUCGGCCGGCGUGCUCGUUCUGUUAAUUUAUGCUCAACCUGUUGAAUCCCAUGGAAUAUACACAGUAUAUAUACAUGUAUACAUAGAUAUAUAUCACUGGAGACAUUCCAUAUGAUUUUCAAUCAGCUCUGACGUAUAAUAUACAGUAAUAUGUAUGUAUUCACGCUGUUAAUGUGAUUAGAUUUCAGAGAGGCGUCUGGACGGAGGCCUGAUUCGCUCUGUGGACAAACGUAGCACCAUGUUAGAUAAGAUUUAGGAAUCAGGGGUGAGUGGUGGGAGGGAG